CUCUCAGGUCUUAGUAGCGGCACUUAGUAGCGAGACCCUACAGACGUCCAUUUCAACACUGUCAACUUACCUAACAAUAACAUUUAUUACAGGUUACAAGCUGUCUCGUGCAUGGGUUGCUCUGAUGCAUUGCAGACGUGGCUAUAGAUAGAAGCAGCUUGUCGCUUCAGAAAGUGGUGUCCUGGUGGCAAUAUUGUGGAUACUGUUCAGAGACAAGAGCUUAUGGACUGUAAGAAAGUGGAACACUGGUACUUUAUUGUUUGAAGUGGAUUUAUGUUAGUAACCAGUAAUGUGCUUUAAAUGGCAACACCUGUGACAAAACCGUGAGGAGUCUUUAUGGAAAUGUUUCAUUUUCAGCUGUGGAACACUGCCACCUCUGCAGAAUCAAGUGACAUUUGAUGGGUGACUGUACUGUAGGUCACUCUGCCUGUGAAGUGAUACCACUCUCCUUUUAUCUCUUUGUCAGAUUUCCAUUUCAUUUUUAACACAUUCCUAUUUUUGAAGUGGAACGUACAGCCCUUUGCUUAAUUAUUGUUAAUGCUUGCCUGCUUCAGUCAUUUGCGAUGGAAGCAAUCGAUUACAUAUGAAUCCUAAAACUGCACAAAUCUGAGCUUAAUAUAACAAUAUCUGCAGCCUGGCGGAAACAGGAAAAUAUCAAAAUCAUCUGCAGCAUAUGGUAUGGUUGUAGACUCCCUCAACUUGUCAACUGUGUGCAGGCAGCUUUGUAGGGCCAUCUAUGGGAUACUUUACAUUGUAAAUACAGUAGCUUGGUCCGCUGCAGAAGGAAGACUUUAACUCCCAAGGAUUUUGGAGGCUGAGGAGAUCUUUGAACAAUGGGGUCUGAAGUUUUCCAUUAUCGUGCACUGUUCGAGUACAAGAAGGAGCGAGGGGAUGAUAUUUCUCUGCUACCUGGCGACAUUCUUGCAGUUUACAAAACGGCCCUGUUGACACCUGAAUACCAAGAGGGGGAUGAGAGAAGCCCCAAUGGGUGGCUGAACGGGAUAAACGAAAGAACGAAAGAGAAGGGGGAUUUCCCUGGGACGUUCGUGGAGUACGUGGGACCAGUGCGGGUGGGAGUGCCGGCUCCAAAACCGAGGCCCAGGCCUGUGCCUCCAACGCCAGGUGGAACACAGACACCUGGGGCUAUGCAGACAGGAAAAACAGGCUGCUUGGGGCAGAGUGAUGUUGCAGAACUAUUGCCGCUUCCAGAUCAGGCUUCCACAGUGGUGAUGAGACUCACUGAGGCUUUGGAGAGACAGGGGUGGGAAAGCGAGCCCCUCUACAGAGCCCCUCUCAGCCCUCCUAGACACCCGGAGCUCAAACAGGCACUGGAGACAGACCCCUCCUCAGUAGAGCUGGAUCAGUACGAGCUCCCAGUCUUAGCAGAGGCACUGAAGAGCUAUCUACAGGACUUGCCUUCCCCCUUCAUUCCAGCUGGGAUAUACAGCGAGUUAGUUUACAUUGCCCAAGAGACACCAAAUGUAGAGGAGUGUGGACAACAACUCAAGAAAAUCCUUGAGUCUCCAACCAUCCCUCAGCCCAACCAUCUUCUCCUACUGCAUCUAACUAGACACCUGUAUCGUGUGGCCCUGUGUGGGGGACAAAGCCAGGCAACACCCAGGCUGCUGGCCCAGUCCUUCAGUGAGGCUCUCUUCAAACACUCCCUCUCUAGUGCUGACGUGAACCCGGAGCACCAUGUGAAGAUCAUUGAGGCCCUCAUCAUGGCUGGGGGACUGGCAGAAAUGCAGGCAGCGCCAGCUCUUCCUCCCAAGCCGCCCAAACAGAUGACUCCAGCCAACACCAAUGGCACCAAUGUCACCAGUGUCAUCAAGGAUGCAACCAGCAUGUCGCUGCAGGAGGCCGAAUGGUACUGGGGAGAUAUCUCAAGGGAAGAGGUCAACGAUAAGCUACGGGAUAUGCCAGAUGGGACAUUCCUGGUCCGAGAUGCUUCCACGAAGAUGCAGGGAGAUUACACUUUAACUCUGAGGAAAGGAGGCAAUAAUAAGCUGAUAAAGAUCUACCACCGAGAUGGCAAGUAUGGCUUCUCCGAUCCUCUGACCUUCAGUUCAGUUGUGGAGCUGAUUAGCCAUUACCGUCAUGAAUCCCUGGCACAGUACAACCCCAAACUGGACGUCAAGCUCAUGUACCCCAUCUCCCGAUUCCAGCAGGAUCAGCUGGUAAAAGAAGACAAUAUAGAUGCAGUUGGAAAGAAACUCCAGGAAUAUCAUAAUCAGUAUCAGGAAAAAAGCAAGGAAUAUGACCGGCUAUAUGAAGAGUACACAAGGACUUCACAGGAAAUCCAAAUGAAGAGGACAGCCAUCGAGGCUUUUAAUGAAACAAUUAAGAUCUUCGAGGAGCAGUGCCACACACAGGAGCGCUACAGCAAAGAGUACAUUGAGCGCUUCCGAAGGGAAGGCAACGACAAGGAGAUAGAGAGAAUCAUGAUGAAUUAUGAGAAACUGAAGUCCCGCCUGGGCGAAAUUCAUGACAGCAAAAUCCGCCUGGAGCAGGACCUGAAGAAGCAGGCGCUGGACAACCGGGAGACGGACAAAAAGAUGAACAGCCUGAAGCCUGACCUUAUUCAGCUCCGCAAGAUCAGGGAUCAGUAUCUUGUCUGGCUUAAUCACAAAGGCGUGCGUCAGAAACGAAUUAACGACUGGCUCGGAAUCAAAAACGAAAAUCUUGAUGACACCUACUUCGUAAACGAGGAGGACGAGAACCUGCCGCACUACGACGAGAAGAGCUGGUUUGUGGGGGAUCUUAACCGGACCCAAGCUGAGGAUCUGCUUCUGGGAAAACCUGACGGCGCGUUCCUAAUCCGGGAGAGCAGCAAGAAGGGCUGCUAUGCCUGCUCUGUGGUGGUGGAUGGAGAGGUGAAACACUGUGUGAUAUACAGCACCCCACGCGGCUACGGCUUUGCCGAGCCCUACAACCUUUAUAGCACUCUGAAAGACCUCGUACUGCACUACCACCAGACCUCGCUGGUCCAGCACAACGACUUGCUCAACGUGCGACUGGCGUACCCGGUCUACGCACAGAUGCCCUCUCUCCGCAGAUGAACCCCGGAGGGGCGGCUGAUUCAAACAAACACUUGCUGCAACACACGCGUCGGCCACCUUGGAGUUAUAUAUAUUUUUUACUAGAACAAUUUGAGGGCAUUCUUUCUAAAGACUGCUUGAUUUGCACAAGGAAGUUUUAACGUUUGUGAAUGUGAAACCGAAAAAGAGACAUAAGAAACAAGAGGCAAGCUCGUCUCGACCCGAGUUCAGGUGACCUGGUGCUACCUAAACUCCAGCUGUGACUUUUUACACCCUUUAAUUCUCGCCUUUUCUUUUUUUGUUUUUUGGUUGUUUCUGUUCCCUCCCUGGGUCAACUCCAUGAAAGGAGAAAAAGGAAUUGAAGUUUUUCUUCGUUGUGAGCGAAACGAAAAAAAAUGUAGCAUACAAUCCACAGGAACUUUUCUGGAUGUAUUCAUCAGAGACACUGCUGCUGAACAAGUCGGGUGGGGAGAAAAGGUUCUGUAGUCUUAAAGACAUUGCGUUUUAUACUGGAUUGGACAGGACAUGAUCAAAAGGAGGGCUUUUAUUUACUUUUUUGUUCUGUGGGUUUUUAGUUUGGCUGGACUUUCGGAACUGGCUAGUUUUCCUACGAAAAGAAAACACUUCAGUCAAGUAGAAACAGAGACCAAAGUUAGCCUUGGAGAAACUCCACUUAAAUAUGAUCUGAAUGAAUAAAGGCAAAAUAAAUGCAGAGAUGCUUUAUUUUGUACCACAUAUAAAACGGUUUUGGCUAGUGCUUGUACAACACUGAAGUUCUUUAAGUUUAUUCUUAACCAAAUUGUACCCACCGAAAUUUUUCUUGGUUUGAAGCACUUAUUAAAAAGGAAAAAUCUCUGCAGCUGCACAUCUUUACACCAAAAGAAAAUUAGAAAAUGAAAACCUGGAACACUUUUUUGUGUUGUUUAAAAAUACACAUAUAUGCUCAUGUCUGUUUUAAGCAAAACCAUGACAUUUUGUAUGCUAUGUUCUUUAUAGAACCUUUAAGAUAAGCUUGAAUUUUAACGUAUAAGUGAAGCAGGUACAAUGGUUUUUGAGUUUAAAAAAAUGCUUUAGAAAAUCAAAACUGAAGGAAGUGCAAUCCAGUGUUUAUUGGUGGGAUUUAAGUCCCCUUGAAAGUCAGUAUCACCUACUCAGUCGCACAGAUAACAGAAAAGCAACCAAAUGCACAACUUACCCUGGGAGAAACAUUUUUGUAUUGGUCAUUGAUGGUGCUUGACUUUAUAACCAGUUGGAAGCAUUUGUUAAGAAUUUUAACAUUGGCUGCCUGUAUUUUAUUUUAUGUUGCAUUCAUAAAAUAAAAAUAUUGCAUUCAUUACAGGCACAAUUGCUAUUCAUAAAGAUUUCACUUCCUGAAAUCACAAGCAUUCAUUUUCAGAUGCUUGCUUAUGUUUUUAUCACGCCAUUACUUGGCCAUUGUUGUUUGCGGAAGUGAGCAGUGGAACUCUCUAGAACAAUAGCCCGAUUCUACAGUAAGCACUUAAGGCAUCGGAAUCUGGAAGCAACCAGUGACCAAGGCACGUGCUUCCCUUCCAUUUGUGCAUUUUUUGUCCUUACUAUUGUAAGGUGUAAUAAGACCAUGUCAUUAGGACACAUGCAUACAAAGUUGCUUUGACAGUGGUAUGUUACAGAGGACAUACUUUUUAUUCCUGCUGUACCUUGAAAAUGUUUACUUGAUGUUUCUGAGGGAAGUGACGUAAGGGAAAGGGUUAAGGUUUAUUUCUAACAUAGACCAUUAAUCUGUACUGAUAAAAGAUUUUCUCCCCAAUUUGCAAGGAUCUAAAGGAAAGUGGGGAGUUUCACAACCCAUUGUUACACCUAAAUCACAAAAGAGACAAUUCUGAGAGAUACGUCAUUCUUAACAGGCACCAGCUAGAGAAACCUACCAACAAUUAAGCUGCGUGUGUUUUUAACUGUUUCUCUGCCAGACUUUUCUUCCAUAGAUACAAACAUAGGUUGCAUGGUGUCUCCUUGUAUAUUUUGCAUUUUGACCUGAAUGGAACAGUACCCUGGAAAACAAAUCCAAUUGCUCCUUUUGCAGACUGGUUACAAAGUCAGCCAUGGCUGUGAUUUAAGGUCCUCUCUGCUAAAACAGUAUAAACGUUGCCAGUAUGGGAAUUUUUAAAAACAAUGGUGAGGAAUAUUGCAACAUUUCUGCAGCUUUGUUUUUGUCAGAAUUUGCUUCUUUAAAAUGUAGUAAUCUCUCACAGGAAAUGGUUUUCAGGGGGUUGCAACCUUGGACAUAAGUACCAGACUUUUUCUUAUUGAAUCCAUAAAGAAUGUCUAGCUUGUCAACACUUUAAGUCCAGCAGACAAAGUAUUUGCUGAAGGGCACUGUUCUGGAAGGGAAACGCUGAACAGCUUGCUGUUAUCUGUGAUACGCUGAUUUUCAUCUGCUCUUGUGGCAUUGAAAAAAUACAAAUGGAGUGCUGAGCUCUGGCUUCUCAAGUCUCCUGACAAUUGGAGAGAUCUCACAGGGGAGGAAUUGUUGUUCAGAAGAUCUGGCACAAUUUGUAGAGUAAUUGUUUUUAAAAAAUGUAUCCAAUUUAAGCAGCCUUCAAAUAUCAAUAAUGCAAAGUUAUGUUCUUUACUAUAGAAGGACAGUGACACCACUUAUUUAAGAAAUAAGUUGAAUUUGUUAGGAUGUGCAUUGGAUUUAGUUGCGUGGUUUUUAAGGUCUGUUUACCUUAAUAAGCAAAUGUCCGGCUUUUGGGAGCUACAGUUGCCGCUGGAAUGUUGAAACUUUUUCAAUGUAGAGGCAGGUGUGAACAGAGACAUUGUUACAAGCUAUCAGACCGUGACAUCUUUAAGCAGCAUCCCGAGAAUAAUUCAUGUUAUUCAGGAAGCAAAGUUUUACCAAUUCUUAAUAAUCUUAUGCCUAGGUGUUUUGCAAAACAAGAGUUUAUGGGAGUCUUCUUAGAAGCUGUUGCGAGAUUUGUAGUAGUGUUCUUUACGUUUUCCCUACAGCAAGUAAAUCGCUGCUGACUCAGAACAUUUCCACAAAUCAUCAAUCAAUUUGAUUCCUCCCCCUUUUUAUCCCUGUAAAGAAUUCUGAUCUCUUCUCGGGGGCUCAGAUGAUCACAGCUGUUUGUAUGCCAGGACUGCACUUGUGUAUGGCAGUAUGUUCAGAGACACCUGUCCUGGUUCUUGUUCUGUAAAGCAAAACCAGCUCUGUUUAUAAGACUGAACUGCCUAGCCCUGUUCACAUUGAUCCUGCCUGUAUCCCAGUCAUGAUCCAGCACACUGGCCAGCCAGCUGGGGGACAGCCAGACAGGCACUUCCUCAAACUGCAGAGUUGUAAAGCUUGUCUCAAUGAAACUUUUUUCACCCUCCUGUUACUUCAGAUAUUUAAUGGGCUUCUAAAUGGUCUUGUUUCUAUUAACGUGAGCUAUUGCAUUGCUUGCUGUUGAAUGUCUUUGUAUCCAUUUAUAAAAUCCCUUCUUGUUUCAGUGGUGCAAAAUGCAAUGCCAUUGGCUUAAAAAAAUUAUGGAUUUUUUCUUGGAAAUGAAACUUUGCAUUUUAAAAUUUCAGAAGAAGGGGUUUGGAAGCCUUCAAAUGUCCACAGUUGUUGAAAUUCAUUUCUGUUGGCAGUGAUAGUCUGAAGUUUCACACAUAGUGCUAGAGCCAAUUCUCCCGAGCACAGUUUUCAGUUCUCUUUAGACAUUUUCAUGUUGGUUGCUGCAGGAUAUAGGGUUGUUGUGUCGGGGUACUAACUGAAGGAUUACAUAGUUUUUUUUCUUUUCUUGGAGACCAAAGAUUUAAGUUAUUUAAUGUUAGAUUUUAAAAUCAUUGCAAAGGGAUGCUAUUGAAAGAUUACUCUUGUUAAAAAAGGCUGGUGUUCUGCACAUUUGUUCAAAAUGUUUAUUAAAAUUCUAAAGCAGCUGUCAUACAGCUGGGUUAUCACAUCUGUUAAGACCCAAAUUGAGUGAUAUCUGUAGGGGGUUGAGGUAGGCCACUGAGAACCCUUGCACCAUUUAUUUCUCUGCUUUCAAUCAGUAAGUGAAUUUCUUUGAGGUUUCUACAUCAGUUUCUCCGAGUUAUAAGCGAAGGCUGAUGAGUUGUAUGUUUUCAAACUUUUAUCACUGGUACCUGUGCAGGUCCUACCUAACCAGUGUCAUUUUUUUUUAAUUGCGACAUUCUGCUGUAAUUGCAGUAAACGCAAAGCUCAAAAUAAAACUCAAGUCAUUGUGGGAGCUGCAUAUGUUUUGUAAAACCUAUGUUUGUUUGUUUUUUUUUACUUUUCUCCCAUAAGUGCAGACUGCUUGCAAACCUCUUGUUUUGGAUCACUGAGGAAAAAUCUGAGACUUCAAACCGUUCCCUCUCAUAAGACCUGUUUCAAGCUAUCGCUGUCACCGCUAGAUGGUUUCAGCAAAACUUUAAGUUCUUGUUCAUCUGAAGAGCCCAGAGGUAUUUAUUUUCAUUAUUUUAAUUAUAUAUGCAUUGUUUUGUCUGAGUUUAGUCAGUAUUAGCACACUAGCUUGAGCAAAAUGUGCUCUUUUUUCCCCCACACAUUUAAAAUGCCUAUAGUACUUGUUCGCUGAGUAUUUUGGUUAGUCUUUAACAAACUCGUUCUCUGCAGGGCAGAAAGCGGUAUGAUUUGUACUGAUCUGUGGCUUGUUGGUUAUAUCACUACAGAUUAAAAAACGCAAUAUCCUUUUGUCUUUUAUAAUUCAGGGUCAAAAGAUCAUUGCUAGUGGUUUAAGGGAGAAAAUGGCUUAAUUAUUGGAUAAAUGCUUUUUGCCACCUGAAAAAGUGAGUAAAUAUGGUGCAUUAUUUAGAUUGUACACUAUUGGGUGGAUUAACCAACUUACAUUUUACAUUCACUUUGUAAUAAACUCUUUAAAAUAAAAACUAAAAGUUAGAGCACUGCUCCUGAACUAUUCACUGACCCUUUUUUGCAGGAAAUGUUUGCAGAUAUUUUUUGAAGUUUUGCCUACACAGCCCUGUAAAGUUUUAUUUGUAGUUCAACACAUUGAAUUUUUUCACCAUCAAUUUGUGUUCCCAAUACAUCUCCGCAGAACAAGGCCCCAUUUAAAAAGGAAUACUGCGUCUUUAAUGAAAGAAAAUCAGGCGCACUUAUUUGCUUUUUUCCCCUUUUGACAUUUAAUACAAAAACCCAGCAUGCAUCUUUGGUACUCUUGACUGUUGUUUUUUGUGUAAAAAAUACUGUUCUUUGUCUGUUAAUGGUGUAUUCAAACUGAAUUUAAUAUAGCUAACAAAACAAGUCACUGCUUUCUGCAACAAAGUUAGAGCCCUGUACAACUGUAGUGGUUUUAAAUAAAAAGAUAAAAUAUACUGAGAAAGAGGCUAAUGAGUAGUGUAAUAGACACCAUGAUUUCUUACUCCCAAGUUUUCAUCUAGAUAAGCAAUGUUAAAAGAACUGAAGUCUUGUGAAUUCAUACAGAAACUUUACACUUUUAAUAUUCUUUGUAAAGAAUGUGGGUGUGUGAAAUGUAUGUAAAAUUGGUAAAUAAGCAUUUAAGCACCCAAAGCUUUUUUUCUGUUACAUUGUAGCACUUUAUAUUAGGAUAUUUUCCAGAAACAUUUAAUGUUCAACAGUUCUUGUGCUGCAUUUGAUCCAAUUAAUGAAUUAUUUUAGGAACAAUGUAAGCAAUAAGAACAGAUCAACUCUUCCUGCCUAUCUGUAAACACAUAGUUGUUGGAACAAGAAAACAAAUGUCCAUAGUCUUAUACAAAUUGUGCUUCCAUCUUGGAUAGAUAAAUUAGUUGGAUAUUUCCCGCAGUUUGUUCCCUUACCUCUCACAAUCUGCAUUGGAAGCAGCUUAGAAAUGUCGUCUUCUGUACUUCUUGGCUUAACAAUUAAGCUUACACUUUCAAGCUCACCUUUUUAUUUUUAAAAAAGCCUCUUUCUCAGUAUUAAAAGAAUACUUACAUCGGGCUUAUAGGAAUCAUUCAGUUACAUUUUUCAUCACAGUACAGUUUUUUCUUGUAUCUGCUGCAAUAGUUUGUAUUGGUUGUAGGAAUCUCCAUUUGUUAUGGGAUGAACUCAUGUAUAACAUUAUCAAAACUCCACAAAUACUCAUCUCUUGCAGAAUAAAGAAAAAUAUUUUGUUCAAACCUA